AUGAGUGAAGAUACAUCAUCAUCGUCUAAACGUUCUCUUCAGUUUUCUGUUGAAUUACCAUCCCCGCAAAGUGCAACCUUUGAAAAUAUAAGCCCAAUCAAAAGUUUAAAUCCAUACCAAAACAAAUGGACAAUCAAAGGCAGAGUUACUCAUAAACGGUCUAUAAAUCCAUACAGUACAGCUACUAAGAAUGGCCACGUCUUUAGUUUUGACAUUGUCGACACUAAGGGAUGUGAAGUUCGAGUUACAUGUUUUGACGAAAUAGCUGAACUACAUUCUGACCGUGUGGAAGUGGGUUCACAUUAUGUCAUUUCUAAAGGGUCCAUUAAGGAAGCAAACACAAGGUACAACAAACUGAACAGUUAUUUAGAGAUCAUCAUGUCUGGUGCCUCCAUAUUAAAAUGUUGCGGCCAUGAAGAAGUACCAAAUCAAGAGCACUCCCCUUUCAUUCUUAUUAGUGAAGUUUUUCAGGUAACUAAUAAUACAUUAGUUGACAUCAUUGGUGUUGUUGUACACGUUGGAGAUAUCAUUCCAAUCCAUAGGAAAGAUGGCACUCAAACACAGAAGAGAGUUGUUAGAAUUAAUGAUCUCUCAGGGUCACCAAUUGAUAUCAACCUAUGGGGUCCAACAUCACAUCAAAGAGGACUAGAAUUAAAAAACAUGUUAACUAGUGAUAGUGUUCUUAUACUUGUUGUACGUAAUGCUCGGGUUGGUUAUUUUAAUGGUAAGGUUGUUAACGUAAUAGCUGCAACAACAUUACAUAUUAAUCCACCUUUCCUAGAGGCAGAACCCCUCAUAUUAAGAGGAAAUCUUCCCUUGCAUACUCCAUAUUUUUCUGCAGCAAUUACCCACAUUAAUGGCAAAUACACUAGAAUGACUAUUUCAUCAAUCCGUGAACGUAUGAGUGUGAAACCAGAAACUAUUGAAACCACUUUAUUGGUUGUUCUAAGAUUUGUAAACGUAACAAAUAAAACUUUAUAUUACAUAGCUUGUCCACUAAAAGUAAAUGAAAAGCCUUGUAAAAAAAAAUGCACUCAACAGGUUGAUGAUUCAUGGUUUUGUCCUAGAUGUGAAAUGACCAUGGCAGAAUGCAAUUACAGUUACCUUUUACCAAUGAAGCUACAAAAUGUAACAGGUACUAUUUGGGCUACUACUUUUGAUGAGGUUGGAACUCAAUUGAUAAAUAAAAUUGCAAAAGAGCUUUGUGCACUGCAAAAUGAUACGAUAACAACACAAACACCUUGCUCUAUGAUUAAUAAACUUGUCUCACAUCGCUACUCAUUCACACUGCUAGUUUCUACUAACACGUGCAACUCUGAAUCAAAGAUGAAAGUUACAAUCAACAAAAUCUAUUUUGUUGACUAUAAAUCUGAGUGUGAUGCAUUACUUGUAGAGAUUGCUUGCCUCUCUACACAAGCUUAG